UCACUCAACAGAUGGUCGAUGCAACGCGAGUUGUGCGGUGAAAGAUAAUUUGAUGGUGCAAGUACCUUAAUUAUAUAGUACAGUGAAAGAGAGAGCUUUCUCAACCGCGAUUGUGAAACCGGUUCUGCAAGUAACCAAUUCAUCAUGACGGAGCCACGGAAAAACCAUCUCAAUAUAGAUGGGGCCCAAGUGAAAGACGAGGAGAACGUCGCUUCGUAUAAGCCAAUUCCGGAAUCUGAUCAAGAAUUUCGGCCCCCAUCCAAGGCAAGCCUCAGCAAGUCCAAGGAGCGCGUGUCAGACCCUGCAGAGGAGAAGCUGCUGACGAAGGAAGACGAGGCCAGGAUCGUGACGCGAGUGGACAUGACGGAUGCUGACGCCAAAUACGUGGUCGGCGACCACAGGAAUGGCGACGCCAAGAUCGAACUUGAUGCUAAUAAGCGGCAAUUCUCCGGGCUAACAAAGGAAGAGCUGCUCAAGUACGCGGACGACCCGUUCUGGGUGCGCCUGCGCUGGUUCAUGUUCGUGCUGUUCUGGACGCUGUGGCUGUGUAUGUUGGCUGGUGCCAUCGCGAUCAUCAUCAGGGCUCCCAAGUGUGCGCCGCCGCCGCCCAAGACCUGGUAUGAAGUAGGCCCAUUGGCAGACCGGACAUCAGAAGAGGCUGUUGACUACUCGGAACUUCAGGAGGAGCUGCCGCUGCUGGCUCGCAGCAAGGUGCAGGGGGUUUUCAUCAAUCCCUGCGCCGACACCUACCAAGUCCUCGACGAUGACACUUGCCUCGACCAGUUCACUGCCUUCCUGGAGACAGCCAAGCAGAAGAGCGUCAAGGUGAUAGUAGACCUGACAGCCAACUUCGUGUCCACCAGCCACGCGUGGUUCCUGGCCAGCGAGAAUAGUACUUCAGAGUUCGCUGACUACUUUGUCUGGGGCGCCGGGAAAGACUCCGACCCUGAUGGCACCAAGCCGCAACUGCCUAAUAACUGGGUAUCCCGUUACGGCGGCGAGGCGUGGUCGUGGAGCGAAAAGCGGCGCGCGUACUAUCUCCACCAGUACCACGUGCACCAAGCCGACCUCAACUUCCACAACAACGCCGUCGUCGCGCGCUUCGACCAGGUGCUCAACAAGUGGAUGGCUGCCGGGGCCGCUGGGGUCAGGUUACUAAAAGCCCGCCAGCUCCUAGUAAACAAAGCCCUCCCAGACGAGCACAUUGCCAAGGAGAAGACGUCCUUAGACUCCAGCCUUAAAGACUACAUGUUCCUGCGCCACAAGGAGACCAGCGAUCAGCCUGAACUGGACGCGCUGUUGGCUCAUUGGGCGCACAUCGUCACGCAGAAUGGACAGGACAAAGUGUUCACAAUCCACGAGGACGGCGUGCUGCAGCCGGAGUGGUACCGGCUGCGCAACUCGUCCGUGCUGCGGCCGCCGUGCGCCGCGCCCGUGGCGCUGGCCGCGCAGCCCGCGGACCAGCUGGCCCGCGACCUGGACCAGCGGGCGCACAACUGGACCGCCUUACAGCUGACGGCAUCAGACGAGGAUGCCAACACGGAGCUGGUGGCACUGGCGAUGUUGCUGCCGGUGACGCCGGUGCUGCAGCCCGGACAAUUGCCACGAGGCAAUGAAUCGCUGCCCAGCGAGUCAUUCGCGCACUUAGCAGCGUUGCGGGAUGACGACAGCAUCAAGUUCGGCGAGCGGCGCGUCGAGCCUGUGCCUGUCAGCAACUCCACCGAGCAGAUGAUCAUCUGCGCACGGUGGAAGGCCGGCCACACGGGCUACGUGGCGGUGUUCAACCCGGGCGAGACGGCGCGCGCCAACCUCACCGGAGUGACGUCACUGCCGGAGUCGCUCACCGUGCAUCACGUGUCACACGCCGUCAGGGUUGCUACCAACUAUACAAGCAACAGCGCGGUCCAAGCAGACAGUGUGCUGGUGCCGGGCGGCUCCUCCGUGGUACUCUCCUACGUACCCAAGACCACCGCAGAACAAUAAGCAAGCCAUUCAAUACAGUACAAUAAACGUGACAAUAUAUAGCUUGCCCGCGAUGUACCCGCGGCGAUUCGUUUGCAUUUCUUUUUUUACUGUUCCCAAUAAAUGUGUAGCAAUUUA